AUGAGUGAAGAAGGGAACGAAGACCAGAAGCUGCAGCGACCUGCUCCUCGUCUUAACGAGAGGAUUCUCUCAUCCUUGUCAAGACGUUCUGUAGCUGCACAUCCAUGGCAUGAUCUUGAGAUUGGACCUGGAGCUCCACAUAUUUUCAACGUGGUUGUGGAGAUCACAAAAGGAAGCAAGGUCAAAUAUGAACUUGACAAAAAGACAAGACUCAUCAAGGUUGAUCGUAUUCUGUACUCAUCAGUUGUGUACCCUCACAACUACGAUUUUGUUCCUCGCACAUUGUGUGAAGACAAUGACCCAAUUGAUGUAUUAGUCAUCAUGCAGGAACCUGUCCUUCCCGGUUGUUUCCUGCGUGCCAGAGCCAUUGGAUUAAUGCCUAUGAUUGAUCAAGUANAGAAGCUGCAGCGACCUGCUCCUCGUCUUAACGAGAGGAUUCUCUCAUCCUUGUCAAGACGUUCUGUAGCUGCACAUCCAUGGCAUGAUCUUGAGAUUGGACCUGGAGCUCCACAUAUUUUCAACGUGGUUGUGGAGAUCACAAAAGGAAGCAAGGUCAAAUAUGAACUUGACAAAAAGACAAGACUCAUCAAGGUUGAUCGUAUUCUGUACUCAUCAGUUGUGUACCCUCACAACUACGAUUUUGUUCCUCGCACAUUGUGUGAAGACAAUGACCCAAUUGAUGUAUUAGUCAUCAUGCAGGAACCUGUCCUUCCCGGUUGUUUCCUGCGUGCCAGAGCCAUUGGAUUAAUGCCUAUGAUUGAUCAAGUAUUUCUCGUUUACUCUCUAAUACUAUACGAUUCUUGGUCUGAACUUGUAAACUAUUCAACCCUAAUGCCUUUUAUUCACAAAUUUGAUUGAGAAGGGUUUUAAAGUGAGACACUUUUGAUGCUUGUUGCUUAAAGUUUUGAUUUUUAUUGUCAAUUGGUGAUACAGGAAGUGCUUUUAUUCUUUAUCAAUUGGGUUUUUGGAGAAGCAAUAUGAGUUGUGUGAUUGGAUUGAUUUUAUUUAAACUAGUUGUAUUCUUCUCUUUUGUGAGCUUCGUGUCGUUUCAUA